AGAGUCUGCAGCUUCCUAUCUUUGGAGUGAGGUCGGGAUGCGUGCAUCCAUCAGCGUGUGGCUGAGCAGGUUUGUCAAGUCGCCUCCUGCCCGGAACGUUCCCAAUUGAUCUUAUCCCGCUCCAAGCAGGGACUCCCGCAUCUGUGCAGGAGGGGUUCGACGUUGGAUGUCCUGCAACGUGUCAAGGGUACGAGGUUUUCCAAGGAACGUCAUUUGGUGGUGGUUUGCGUGGCAACAAUGGUGAGGGCAACUCGACAUGCUGCCCGGAAUGGGCACAAGGCGGAUGAUGUCAAGGGGGUUGCGGGACCACCAGAACCCGAGAAGAAAGGAAGACGCAGAAAGGUGGUUCGAAUUCAGUCAACAGCGAGUCCGGCGACGAAUAUGGGGGCAAUUCUAGAAGGCUUGGAAGAAUCAGGUACAAAAAAGACGAGACGAGUGUUGCAACUUGACUUGGAUCAGGGCCCAAUCAACAAUCUGCUUCCGGAUGAGUGCAUCAUCGCAAUCCUGGAGAAGAUUGACGACCUGGCAGACUCCCUGAGAGCGGGCGUUGUAUGCAAGCGGUGGCAGGAGCUGGAGAAGUUAGCACGGCGGGAGGUCACCGCAACACGAGAGAAAGACCUGCCACAGCUGCGCAAGGAGUUCCCCAAUUGCCUGAAGCUGAAUUUGCAGGCCCCUAGGACGCAGAUCACUGGGGAUCUCACAGAUGAUGGCCUUGCUGCAAUCAGCCGCGACUUCAAGCAUAUUACAAAGCUGGUGCUUAGUGGGUGCUACAUCAUAAGCGAUCAAGGUCUCCAGUCCAUCGGGUCUGGCUGCCUUUCUCUGGAGAGCCUGUCCAUGGAAGACUGCCACCUUGCAGGAAACCCCGGGCUGGCAGCAUUAGGGAAUUGCAGGCAGCUGCAGUCUCUGACGCUCAGGUUCUGCCCAAAGUUUGGUGACAAGGGCAUGAUAGACUUCUCCCAGGGUUGUACAAACCUGACGACUCUGCACCUCACAAACUGCAACGAGUUUACAUCUGCGGCGCUUAACGCAGUGGGCAAGAACUGCAAACGACUCGAGGACCUGACCCUUUCCGACUGCGCAGGAACAACUAGUGAAACACUCAGGAAACUCUCCCUUCACUGCUCCACGCUGCAAAGGCUGUUCAUCAAGGGUGGCACAGGCACUUUAGACACAGGCAUGGUGGCCCUUCUGGACCGGAACUCCGACCUCGAGGAGCUUUCGCUAAUCCGCUGCGAGGGGUUUACGCCGCACGGGAUGGGGUUGCUCGCCCUCUCGCGGAAUGCGCUGAUACAUGUCAAAGAAGUGAUGCUUGACAGAUUGAUUGGGUUUAACAACGAUGCUUUUGCGACCGUUCUGGAACGUAACCUGGGCCGGCUUCAAAAAGUAAACCUCCGAGGAUGCACCGGUGUGACAGACCGGGGCAUGGUCAAAUUCGGACAGAUCCGAUGUACAACGUUGGAGGAGCUCGUCCUAGACGGGUGCAGCAGUGUCAGCAAUCUGGGGGUGGCUUCAAUCGCAGCAGGAUUUUCCAACCUGCAAAAUUUGAGUAUCAACGGCUGCUCCGAGGUGGAUGACGAAGGACUGGUUGCAAUUGGUAUCUGGUCGGAGGGGCUGAAGGAGAUCAACAUAGGGAAACUUCCCAAGGUGACAGACCCGGGCAUCGCUUCUUUCGUAGAAGAAUGUGAAAACCUUGAAACGCUUACAGUAGAACGGAUGAAGAUAAGCAGUGCCACGCAGUCGAAGGCCAAAAGCAAAGGCUGUGUCUUACGAGUAUGUUGAGUACCUAGGUAUGCUUGAACAAACAAUCAAGCGGGUGGUCGCCUCAUUCGGAGGUCCGAUCUCACUUUGGAUUCAGAUCUCACUUGCUGGUAUACUGGAAUGCCUAGAAACAGGCAGCACUCGCAAACGUAUCUCCAGCCAAUGAGCGGUUUAUUCAAAAAGCGCGUUGAGUGUACUCUGAGUAUAUUGAUUGUUGGAAAGGUGCCUUGUUAUUCGUAGGAUUUGGGCCGAAAGAAGCUACGUACAGUAGAACUUAUAGAAGGGCUUCUAACUAGCUGACGUUCCGACAGACUUUUCUGUACAGGAAAGCCAUGCUAGGGCCUGGGUUGAUGAACUCUAAGUAUUAGAUUUUAUGCAAAGAUCAGCGGGAGACUAGCAAUCAGAGCCUGGAAGACAGUUGCACACCCAAUUUCGAGUUUCUUAUGCGAAGUUUGAAGCAGCUUCCUUCAAAAUAUCCUUCCAAC